AGUACGUGACCGCUUCGAACUGAUGAGGUAAAUAAUGGGUUACCCAGUUAUUGGAGAUUUUGAAAUUCGAGCAUAAUUGGUUGAAUGGUCAACAAAAGUGAAAAUUUGAUUAACGUAAAUACCUAUGUUUAGAAAAAGAUUUGGGUUGAAAGGUAGUAUGAGACUAUUUGUAUAGUGUUGGUGAUAAGUCCUCAUACGAGAAGAUUAUUGAGAUGAUUAGUGAAGAUGAUAUUUUCUGCUCAGGAAGUGUAUAGAGAGGUUUCAGGCCGUUCUUCGCAAGAUUAACUAGAUUUUUGAAUUAUUACAUUGUAUUACCUUAUAACCAUUUUCCUUCCUUACAGAGUUAAUUAAGUUAGAUAAGAUAUUGAUAUAGAAGUCGGGACAGAUUUCCAAUUAUUGAUAUUCGUUAUAAUAAGUUCAUACAUUAGUUCAAAAUCAGUUAUAUGGUUAAACAACAGAACUACGAAAAUUGUAAUCCAGAGGGACAUCUAAUAUUAUUAAAGCCAUUGAAUCACAUGAUAAAAUUACUUAUGCCCAUUCCAGUCAAUUCAAUUCAUCAUCAAUUCUUGGUUCAAAUGAUCAUUCCAAAGGCCUCGGGCACUAUUGUAAAUUCCGAGACUAAUUGGUAAAACAGGCUGUAUUAAAAAAAAACAAAAAAA